AUCACUUACCAUGGAGUCCAGCAGUGUGCCUGAGUCCUAUUUCCCCCCUAGUCAUCCCAUUCCUACAAAGGUAUCUUCAAUUUCUACCACAAAUGAAAAUAAGGGAGUUAGUAUUACCAGAUCUCAUGAGGUUCCUGGAAAAUCUAGUACAGAUGGGACAUCUUCAGCUGCUGGAAAAAGUGGAAGUCUAUCUCUUGAUGCUUUAGCUAAAGCUAAGAAAGCUUUACAAAUGCAAAAAGAUUUGUCAGAGAAGCUGAAGAAGAUUCCCUUUGUAAGGCAAGGGACAAUUAUUUCGACUGCCCCUACCAAUGUUUCAGAGGGGAUGACAUCUACUUCAUUGACCUUACCUUCUGCAUCUGCUGCAGCUUUUGUGAAGCCACCAUUCACUGGUCCUAGUGCUUCUGUAGGAAUCACAACUCUACCCAAUAUUGAGGCAGUAAAACGUGCACAGGAACUUGCUGCCAGGAUGGGGUUUCGUCAGGAUCCGGAGUUUGCUCCUCUUAUAAACCUGUUUCCAGGUCAGACGGCGGCAACAGAGUUCAUUGUUCCGCAGAAGCCAACCAAGGCCCCUGUUCUUCGUCUUGAUGCACUUGGUAGAGAGAUAGAUGAACAUGGAAAUGUGGUGAAUGCGACAAAACCAAGCAACCUCAGCACUUUAAAGGUCAACAUUAACAAACAGAAAAAGGAAGCAUUUCAGAUUCUUAGACCUGAAUUGGAUGUUGAUCCAGAGACAAAUCCUCAUUUUGAUGAAAGGAUGGGUAUUGACAAAACUAAACUUUUAAGGCCUAAGAGGAUGACUUUCCAGUUUGUUGAAGAAGGCAAGUGGUCAAAAGAGGCCGAGCAUAUUAAAUUGAAGAGUAAAUUUGGAGAAGCACAGGCAAAAGAGCAGAAAGCAAAACAGGCACAGUUGGCUAAGGCAAAUGCAGCACCUGAUAUUAAUCCAAAUCUGAUAGAGGUAGCAGAGAGAGUUAUCAUCAAAGAAAAACCUAAGGACACGAUUCCUGAAAUUGAGUGGUGGGAUGCGACUCUUUUGCAAGCUGGUGCUUAUGGUGACAUAACUGAUGGAACCAUGGUAGAAGAUAAACUGAAGAAGGAGAAGAUCACUAUCUAUGUAGAACACCCACGUCCGAUUGAGCCUCCGGCUGAGCCAGCUCCUCCACCACCUCAACCCUUGAAGUUAACCAAGAAGGAGCAGAAGAAACUUCGUACUCAGCGACGGCUGGCUAGGGAGAAAGAUAAGCAAGAGAUGAUUAGGCAAGGCCUGAUUGAGCCUCCAAAGCCAAAAGUUAAAAUGAGCAAUUUGAUGAAAGUUCUUGGCUCUGAAGCCACCCAAGAUCCAACUAGGCUUGAAAAGGAAAUCAGGAGUGCAGCUGCUGAACGGGAGCAAGCUCACAUUGACAGGAAUAUUGCUCGCAAACUCACUCCUGCUGAGCGCCGUGAAAAGAAAGAGCGGAAGCUUUUUGAUGAGCCAAAUACAGUGGAGACCAAUGUAUCAGUUUACCGGAUCAAUGACCUGUCACACUUACAGACCCGCUUCAAAAUCGAUGUUAAUGCCCAAGAGAACCGCCUGACUGGAUGUGCUGUGAUCUCUGAUGGUAUUACUGUUGUGGUUGUUGAAGGUGGAAACAAGUCCAUAAAAAGGUAUGGAAAACUCAUGCUUAGGCGCAUAAACUGGGCUACUGCUGUAAAAGAGGAGGAUGAAGAUGGUGAUGAAAGUGAUGAUAAACCUGCUAACAGGUGUGUCUUAGUCUGGCAAGGAAGUGUUGCCAAAUCGAGUUUCAAUAGAUUUACUGUUCACGAGUGUAUGACUGAAGCUGCUGCACGGAAGAUCUUUGCCGAUGCUGGUGUUGCUCAUCACUGGGAGCUAGCCAUUAACUUUUCAGACGAUCAAACAUAAUUGGAGAAAAGCUGCAUUGAUGGGGAGUAUUUUCAACUCACAUUGGAUUUGUCUUUUCAGCUUGAGCUGCUUUGUCAUUCAACAUGUUGGUAAGUAACGAGUUUGUUAAAAGUUGUGCACGUUUCGAACUGUCAGUUGA